CCUUGUCACCCCCCCGAGCACACGUUAACUCCUAUUGUACUCCCUGAUAAAUUAAGGAAAAGAUACUGCACGUGCGCGCGCUGAAAGGGGCCCCAUAGGACACAGGCAAACAAAGGAUGCGGGGGCUCGGCGCGUGGCAGGGUCCGGUUCUGCACAAUGACGGAGCACGCGUCCGGGGGAGGGAGGAGGCUGGGCGUGCCGUGGGGGGAGGAGGCCGAAGGCUGACAUCUGUCGCACUAGUCCUUGGAGACCCCCGGCGUAUCGUGUUGUCAAGGGGGCUGCCACUGAGUACUGCCCCUCAGCCAUAUGGGUUAUCGGGCUUCCCGGUGCCUUUAAAAACUCCAGACAGAAGAAUCAAUCAGUUGAGAGCACUUAGCGGAGGGAGACGGAUGUCUUUAUGUUUGCUUAAGCUGGUGAAAGUUAAAAGCAGGUGUUGCUAGUGAGCGGCGUUUCAGCCAGUGUUACAUUCCGAUAGCCGCGAUGCCGAAGGGGUUCCUGGUAAAGAGGACUAAGAAAACAGGUUCGGUCUGCUAUAGGAUGCGUGAGGAAGACCGCCUGGACCGAGCCUCUCCGUUGCAUUACUGUGAUGAAAAACCGGAGAGAUCUGCAGUCCAGUUCUUGGAUUGCAAUAGACAGACCACGAAAAUCAGAAGUCCGCUAUGUUUCAGGGACAUUACAUCUUUCGUCCCACCUCCGCUAUCAACUCCAGGAUCCCCCCAACAGUCCCGAUCUGGAAACCGCUUUGGCCGGACACUCUGCUCAAAUCGCCCCUUCCGGGCAGAAUCAUUCCCCGAGCAGCAAGCGAUCAGCUUCAAAACUUGCGAAACUCCGGCAGUAUUUUCAGCAUCUCUGGCAGAAAUGACCAGCAAACUGGGCGCCGUGGGCAGCAAACCAGUGACUCCAGAAUUCAGGCGACUAGCUUCUCCCAACGCCAGACUCAAACAGGUGAAUCCGAGAAGACAGACGCUCUCAGCUCCCGGCGAGAAGCGACCGAACUGGGCGGACGAAGCUAGCACAUCACCGGUGUUCGGGUUGCGCAUCCUGGAGGAUCCGGAGGUGGAAGUCAAGCAGCGGUCCAACACCAGCAUCUCGCUGGGAGACUACAUCUGUCAACUCUGCAAAGAGAGGUACUCAGAUCCCCUAACUCUGGCGCAACAUCAGUGUUCCCGUAUAGUUCGGGUAGAGUACCGCUGCCCGGACUGUGAGAAAAUCUUCAGCUGCCCGGCCAACCUGGCUUCGCACAGGCGCUGGCACAAGCCGAAAAUCGCCCGGGGCGACGCGGAUAAAACCAGCCUGCGUGCAAUCGCUGUCCCAAACGCAAAUAUCCAGCAUCCGCCGCCGUCCUCUCCAACACCUCCAGACUCGCACGCGGUGGAAAGCAUGUCUUUUAACUGCACCCUUUGUUGCAAGAUAUUCCGACGAAGGUCCUACCUGAGGAAGCACCUUGCUGUGCACAGCAGAAGGACUGUGUUACAGCAUAGCCGGGAUCCCGCAGGGGAAAAUCACGCAAGGCUCGAUCAAACUGUCCCCAAGCACAGUUUCCAUGUCUCUCCUCCUCUAAGUCUGAGACGGGAAUCGCCAGUGGCUACAAUACCUGACAGCAGUGAUACGUACCCGUGUAGAUUUUGCGGGGAAACAUUUUUCUCCUCUCCUGGACUGACUCGACAUAUCAAUAAAUGUCACCCAGCAGAAACCAGGGAAGUAAUAUUUUUGCCACAGCGCGUUUGAGUCACGUCAAACAAUACGACUUUUUUCGUCCAUAUAACUGUAUUGGUAUGGAAAUGUACAUUUUUUUACUCGCAAAAACGUAGAUUUCGUAGAAACAUGUCGGUCUGUAUUCAUACGUCACCUAUGGAUACAUUAAUCAUUAGUGUAUUUGUAU